CAACGACAGACGGAGCGACUCACCCGUCUCCAGCAUGCUCGAUAUCCUCGUCAUCGACUCCAUGGCGGCGAGGUUGCGGGCGGCGGUCUGGUGGGACGAGUUGAGAGGAACGACGUAGUCGCCGCGAGCUCGGGCACUCCCGUCAACCAUGCCUGCACCACCACUCCGACAGCCCAAAAAUACCAAACAUGGCACCACCACCACACACAGUCCUGCACCCCACCACCCUCCCCUCCUUCCUGCACCACCUCCUCACCCCCACACCCACAACAAACACCACCCUCAUCAUCUGCGCCCCCCGCGCCACAUUCGAGCAGCAACUGCUGCACUCCCUCCAAUCCCAAUCCACUCUCCUACAACCAACCCUGCAAACCCUAACCACCACCUCCGCCCUCCGCACCCACCACUGCACCAGCCUGCCCGCUCUGCGCGCCUUCCUCUCCAGCCUCACCCACACCCACAAACACCCAACCACAAACCCAACAACAAUCGCCCUCCUCAACCCCCUCGCCCUCCACGCCCCCACCCCCUCCCACUCAGCCCAAGGCCUCUCGCGCACCCUCGCCAUCGCAGUCGACGCGGCGCACGCUACGGGCUCGCGGCUGGUUAUGGCUGAAUGUCCUUUCACCCCCUACAACGACGACGAAGGAGCAAGCGAAGAACAGCAAGAAGACCCCUGGGCCACCCUCCUCCCGCUGCUAAACUCUUCAUCGCCUUCAACUGCUUCAACGACGGCGAUGCGGCGGGGCUUUGGCGGCUGGGUGGGGCGGAGCGUCGAGGCGCGGAGCGUCGUGGAGCAGUGGUUUGUGUUUGAGUCUGGGGAGGAGAAAGAGGGAGAAGGGGAGUAGGGGAGGGGUUGGGGACUGAGUGGGUGGUCGUCUUUGUCUUUGGUCAACAGCAGCAGGCAUGCCACCAUACUCGGACACGCAUACCUACCACUCACUGCUCACAUCACGUCACCCACACACACACACACAAAACCACCUCUCACAAGCAAGCAAAAGCAACCGCAAACAACUACACACGCAAAAAGAGAGCAAAAGACAGUUUUACCGACUACGUCCGCUCAUCGAUAAUUUCUGCAACCACGCGCACACGCGCACACACAAACACACUACGGCCUCGAGCCGUCCAAAUCAAAACACGUCCGAGCGAGUGCCUCUACCAGUCCUUCUUGAUGUCAAAGGCCCACUCGAACUUCAGGUGCGUCGUGUUGUCGUCGUCGAUGAACUUGGACACGGCGUUGUAGUGGCCACGGGCCAUCAUGCCAGUGGGCGCCGUCUCAGGCUCGACUGC